UCUCGGAGGGGGGAGUUGGCCGGCGUGUACGUGCGGCUGCUUUGACACUGCAGUCGCCUCCUGCUGCAGACUGCGGAUCACACAGGGUGACCAUAGGUGCUCACUGGGUGUCAAAAAUGGUGAAAAUAACGACAGUGAAGACGAAGCCAUACACGGACCAGAAGCCCGGAACGAGCGGUCUGAGGAAGAGGGUCACGGUGUUCCAACAGAACCAGCACUAUGCGGAAAACUUCAUCCAGAGCACUAUCUCUGUCAUUGAGCCUGCCGAGCGACAGGCUGCCACCGUGGUGGUGGGAGGGGACGGCAGGUUCUUCAUGAAAGACGCGAUUCAGUUGAUCGUCCAGAUUGCUGCUGCUAACGGGAUUGGUAAUCUGGUGAUUGGUCAGGAUGGCAUCAUGUCCACCCCAGCAGUCUCCUGUGUGAUCCGCAAGAUAAAGGCAGUGGGUGGCAUCAUCCUCACCGCCAGCCACAACCCUGGAGGCCCCAACGGAGACUUUGGCAUCAAGUAUAACAUCUCAAGUGGAGGACCUGCUCCAGAAGGCAUCACUAACAAAAUCUAUGACAUCAGCAAAGGCCUGCAGGAGUAUCAGAUCUGCCCGGAGCUGAAAGCGGAUCUGUCCAAAAUCGGAAAACAGACUUUUGAGGUGGAAACUUUCAAACCUUUCACAGUGGAGAUUGUGGACUCUGUGGAAGCCUAUGCUGAGAUGCUGAGGGAGAUCUUUGACUUUGCUGCACUGAAGGAGCUUCUCUCUGGAGCCAAUCACAUUAAUGUCCGACUGGAUGCCAUGCAUGGAGUGGUCGGUCCUUAUGUGAAGAAGAUUGUCUGUGAAGAACUCGGUUCUCCUGCGAACUCUGCAGUCAACUGUGUCCCUAAGGAGGACUUCGGAGGACACCACCCUGACCCAAACUUGACCUACGCUGCUGACCUGGUCAACGCCAUGAAAGGAGGAGAGUACGACUUUGGAGCUGCUUUUGAUGGUGAUGGUGACCGUAACAUGGUGCUGGGUAAACACGGCUUCUUCGUGAACCCCUCAGACUCUGUGGCUGUUAUCGCUGCCAACAUCACCAGCAUCCCUUACUUCCAGAAGACUGGUGUUAAAGGACUGGCCCGCAGUAUGCCCACCAGUGGAGCCCUGGACAAUGUGGCUAAAGCUCUUCAGAUGCAUUUAUAUGAGACUCCAACUGGCUGGAAGUUCUUUGGGAAUCUGAUGGACGCUGGCAAACUUUCACUGUGUGGAGAGGAGAGCUUCGGCACAGGCUCAGACCAUAUCCGUGAGAAAGACGGUCUGUGGGCGGUGCUCGCAUGGUUGUCAAUCUUAGCCAACAGGAAACAGAGUGUGGAGGACAUCAUGAAGGAUCACUGGCAGAAGUUUGGCAGGAACUUCUUCACCAGGUACGACUAUGAGGAGGUGGAUUCUGAUGCUGCCAACAAGAUGAUCAAGGAUCUGGAGACAGCGAUGUUCGACCCAUCCUUCAUAGGGAAGAAGUUCUCAUCGGGUGAUAAGACGUAUGAGGUGGCUGUCUCUGAUAACUUCGCCUACACAGACCCUGUGGACGGAAGUGUGUCCAAAAACCAGGGUCUCCGGAUCAUCUUCUCCGAUGGCUCCAGGAUUAUUUUCCGUCUCAGUGGUACAGGCAGCGCGGGGGCAACAAUCAGGCUCUACAUAGACAGCUAUGAGAAGGACCCCCAGAAGAUUUACCAGGACCCACAGGUGAUGCUGGCCCCUCUGGUAGACAUCGCCUUGAAGGUCUCUAAGCUCCACGAGAGCACUGGACGCUCUGGCCCCACUGUGAUCACAUGAUUUCUCUGCCACACUGCCUCUGCUCACUCACCCUCAGCAACAGGAUACCUCUGCACUCUCUGGGGGUGAAGCUGCCCUUGAAUGCUGUCUUGGCUUUAGUUCCUGGCCCUCUCAGAAACAGAGCUGGACAAAAAAACUGAAACUAAACAUGCAAGAAAAUACAUGAGGAACCUUAGAUUUAUCGUACAGGUAUUCACUGCCAUUUUUUAUUGUUAGUGAGUGUUCAUGUAUGUUUUUUCUUACAUAACUAAAGAGAAUGAAGUGGCCUGGCAGACCAAAGCUGCGUUUCCACUGCAUAUACUUCCCAAGAGAUCACAGGCUUUUGGUGCAGAAGUUCCUGGGUCUAGAGUGCCCGGAACUUGAUUUUAUCCCCAUCCAAAAGGUCCCUGCCAAGGAGAAAUUACUUUCUAAAAUUAUCAGGACCUUUUGGUUGGACUUGUAGCAUCCAGUUGCACCUCAGUCAGAUACUUUUAAUGGAAAUGCAGCUUAGAAGACAUUGUAACAUGUCCUUACUAGUUUGUAAAAAGGGAAGUAAAUAAUUGGUCAAAGCAGUGUCAUAUCUUUAGAGAACAAGAUUCAAAAGUGGACUGGAAAGCUCAACGGAUUGUGCCUCUCAUAAUUUCUGUAACCAUGUAGAACUUGUCCAGAUCUGUUCCUGAACCAUAUCAUUAAACUGAGGAACUGCCAAACUGGCUGUAUAUCCGCAAUUUUGGGGCAACCUCAUCCCCCUAAGCUCCCCUUAACUGACCUGGUGCCUUCCCCUCUCCUCUGUUGUCUAAAACCAUCAAAAUAGCCUCUAAACCUAAACCAUGAACCGACACAUCCAGCAGUAAUAAAAUAACCAUACAUAAAAGAA